CCCAAUUACAGGACUAUGGAACUACGGGCCAUUUGGCCCAAUCGGGUCUGCUCCUGGCUUAGGGUUUCGCUCGCUGCGUCAGCUAUAUAUUCCGCUUCUCCCAACGGCGCCGCUACUCAGUGCUCACCGAACUCCAUCUAUCUCUUCCCCACGAACGCUUGCGGCGGCGGCGGAAUUAGGAGGCGAUGGGGCACUCCAACGUCUGGAACUCGCACCCCAAGAACUACGGGCCCGGAUCCCGCGUCUGUCUGCAGUGGUAUGCUCCUUAUUGUGGCGUUGUACUUAGCGGAACUUGUUCACUUUGACAGCCGUGUCUGUGCGAACCCUCAUGGACUGAUCAGGAAGUACGGGCUGAUGUGCUGCAGGCAGUGCUUCCGCAGCAAUGCCAAGGACAUUGGCUUCAUCAAGGUAUGCAAUAUAAGCUUCAAACUCCUGUGUGAAUGAUGCUUAGCAUCAUUAAUGCUUUAUGAUUUUGUAUUGGAUAUUUAGUCUGAAAAGUUGCUAUCAAAAAACACGACAAGAAAAAAGUG